ACGGAUUUUGAAUACAUCAGCAAGAACUUUGACCGUUUACUGGGCAAACCGGGUGUCAAGGCAAUUCUAGUCCUUGACCGCGAGACGGGCAAUGUGUUGAAGACAGGCGGAAACACGGAUUUAUUCCGCAAGGAGAGCUCCGAAUCUUCAAAGCCAUCGAUUUCCAAUGAUGCACCAAGCGACGGAGCGGCCGAACCUUCAACUGCUGAUAGGGAGGGCGUGGUCGAGCUUGCAACCCUUGUUUGGAAUUAUGUCGACGUAACAGAACAGUUCGUGCAAGACCUGAAUAAGGAGGAUACAGCUCGACUGCAAAGGCUGCGUACCGCCACUCAAGAACUUGUCAUCAUCACGGACCCCAAGUUCAUACUGGCUGUCGCUCAUGACAAGCCAAAUAGCGGCUGA